AUGCCAGAGAAGAAGGAUGGUGACAACUUAAAUACUGUCCCUUCACAAGUCGGACAAGUUCUUGAAGAUCAAUACUACGAGAACGAUGCUGUCUUCGGCGAGAUCACGGGAGAAGGGCCAAACUACCGCAGCUUAGGCUGGGUUGGUACUUCAGCGCUUAUGAUGAAAAGCCAGAUAGGGUUGGGUGUUCUGAGUAUCCCCGGAGCCUUGGAUACCCUCGGUAUGAUUCCAGGGGUUGUUAUAUUGAUUACUGUUGCUACUAUUACAACAUGGUCGGACUAUAUGGUUGGUGUCUUCAAACUCCGGCAUCGCGAGGUCUAUAGCAUUGGGGAUGUCGGCGGAAUGUUAUUCGGCCGUCCGGGGAAGAUAUUCUUUGGAGUCGCUUUCGUCCUCUACUGGAUCUUUUGUGCCGGGUCAGGAAUGUUAAGCAUCUCCAUCUCCCUGAAUGCCGUCUCAAGUCACGGUGCCUGCACUGCCAUAUUUGUUGCUAUUGCCGCAAUCAUAGGCUUUGUACUGGGUAGCAUACAGACUUUGGGUCGUAUGAGUUGGCUUGCAUGGGGUGGAUUGUUUUGUAUUCUUACUGCGAGUGAGUUCCUCCACCAGAAUCAGUCGACUGUUUUUGACAAGAUCCUAGUUCUCAUAGUGACAAUCGGGGUCGGCGUCCAGAGCCGCCCAUCAGCUGCGCCGCAGGAUGGCGUAUGGGUGUCUGAUUACCAGAUUGCCGCCACCCCGAGCUUCACCGAUGCUAUAACCGCGGUCUCGACGAUCGUAUUUGCGUACGCUGGAACACCGUCGUUUUUUUCAAUCGUAUCCGAAAUGCGUGAUCCCCGACUAUACACCCGGUCCCUGUUAUUCUGUCAAAGUGUCGUGACGGGGGUUUACGUAUUUAUUGGCUGCAUGGUCUAUUAUUACUGUGGAUCUUAUGUCUCCUCGCCUGCACUUGGUUCAGCAGGGCCGAUGAUGAAGAAAAUAAGCUAUGGCUUUGCACUUCCUGGUCUUAUAGUCAGCACUAUGCUGCUCAUUCAUCUACCAUCGAAGUACAUUUUUCUCCGUCUUUUGAAGGGUUCUCGGCAUCUUACGGCGAACACCGUGACUCACUGGAUGACCUGGAUCAGUUGUACCUUUAUAAUUGCUAUGAUCUCUUAUAUUAUUGCGAGUGCCAUUCCGGUAUUCAGUGGCCUCGUGUCACUUGUGGGUGCCUUACUCGGUACUCUUAUGUCGUUCCAACCCAUGGGGUUCAUGUGGCUAUACGACAAUUGGACCCAAGAUAAGACAGAAAGAUCACUCAAAUGGAAGUUCAUGGUCUGCUGGAGCGUCUUUGUGAUAGUGUCAGGAACCUUCUUGAUGAUCGCUGGCACUUAUGGUUCCGUUGUCAGUAUCAUUGACAGUUACGGAAAAUCCGGGGGCUCAGCCGCCUGGUCGUGUGCUGACAACUCUAAAUCCUGA